UCACACACCAAACAAUACAAAACGAAGAUAUAAAAGGCCAGCAUUAGACUCAGGUGUCUUCACUAAUCUUCGUACCCGAAAACUUUCGCUCGAGAAAAUCAAUUCCUGGCCAAGGCUCUCAACCGAGAACAUCAAGAUGGCUUCUCACAACAUUCUUCUGCUCACAGUACUGAUAGCCAUGUUGGCCUGUACACUGCAAGCAGCUCCCGCCAAAAAUGCUCGCGAUGUAGCUAUGCGUAUGUCAUCUGACAGCGCUAGCAGUGACGAUAUCGCCAAGCGGAGUAGCUCCGACUCUGACUCCAGUGACUCAUCCGAUGAUAUUGCCAAGCGCAGCAAUUCGGACUCGGACUCAUCGGAUGAUAUUGCCAAGCGCAGCGCCUCCGACUCCAGUGACUCAUCCGAUGAUAUUGCCAAGCGUAGCAAUUCCGACUCGGACUCAUCGGACGAUAUUGCCAAGCGCAGCAACUCCGACUCUGACUCCAGUGACUCCAGCGACUCAUCCGAUGAUAUUGCCAAGCGUAGCAAUUCCGACUCCGACUCAUCGGACGAUAUCGCCAAGCGUAGCGCCUCCGACUCUGCGUCCAGUGUCUCCACUGACUCAUCCGAUGAUAUUGCCAAGCGUAGCAACUCCGACUCGGACUCAUCCGACGAUGUUGCCAAGCGCAGUGCCUCAGACUCCAGCGAGUCCGACUCCAAUGACUCCUCAGAUGAUAUCGCCAAGCGAAGCAACUCAGACUCGGACUCUUCUGACGAUGUUGCCAAACGCAGUGCCUCAGACUCCAGCGAGUCCGACUCCAAUGACUCCUCAGAUGAUAUCGCCAAGCGGAGCAACUCAGACUCGGACUCUUCCGACGAUAUUGCCAAGCGCAGUGCCUCAGACUCAAGUGACUCUUCAGAUGAUGUUGCCAAGCGCAGUGCCUCAGACUCCAGUGAGUCCGACUCCAGUGACUCCUCAGAUGAUAUCGCGAAAAGAAGCGAAUCGGACUCUUCGGAUGAUUUCGCGAAAAGAAGCGAAUCGGACUCUUCGGAUGAUAUCGUCAAGCGCAGCGCCUCUGAUUCCGAUUCAUCGGAUGAUAUCGCCAAGCGUAGCGACUCUGACUCAGACUCUUCUGACGAUAUCUUCAAGCGCUGAAUGUUCCUCAUCUCACGCCUGACGAACUGAGCGAUCUAAGGGUAAACAUAGGAUAAUGAGGAUUGAUGGAUCCUUCUAAUCACGAACUGAAAGCAUUGACUGGCCAUAACUUCCGCGCCUCUUGCACGUCAACUUUUCUUUUUGAUGUUCUCAUGUUUACGGCAAGAAAAUAACAGUUUGUAAACUCUUCACCACCAUCAUCAGGACUCAAGAAAUGGUUUUCAAGAACCAAUUUUACUCUUGUUCUUUUACUUUGUUUACAAAACGUGUGCAAACAGCUUCAAGUUUGCAGAAUACCCUCUCAUAAUCUACAUAAGGCCAGUAAUCUGUGUCUUCUCUGCUAAUAAUCCCAUCCAAUACCUCUCCUAUAACUAGCCCAAGAUAAUCACGAGGAAGUCAUCUAGAGGUCCUGGUGCAUUUUUAUCCUUGUUAUUACCAACGACUCUUCCAUGCAGGUUUACAGGAUGUUAGCGUCCGUAGUGAGUUCCCUUCCGGAACGGACACGAUAUUUUACUCUUUUUUACUUUCAUACAACUGCUUUUUCCUUUGUGUAGUUUUAUCAGCGAUCACAGUACGCAUGUGCUGCUUUGCUCCAUACUCAACUGUCGCAUACCGCAAUGGAAAAACUGGUUACAACACGUUUGUGCUUCACGCA